GCGAGGGAGGGGUGACACUGGCAAAGAGCUGAGGAAGCCUCAGCAGCACACGCAGAACCUGGUUGGUGCCACCAGUGUCGUGCUUUACUGCAUGGGAACAAAUUCUCUCAUAAGUGGAGGAUGGGAUACAUCUUCCUGGGGGUUAAGCUCCAACACAGAACCGCAGAAUCUGCCAAUGUCGCCAACAGCAAUCACGAAGCCAGUGAGGAGGACGGUAGUAGAUGAAUCUGAAAACUUCUUCAGUGCCUUUCUCUCUCCGACAGAGGUUCAGAGUAUACAGAAAAGUCCAGUGGUGUCCAAACCUCCAGCCAAAUCACAGCGACCCAAAGAGGAGGUGAAAAGCACUUUGAAGGAGUCUCAGCGCCCCAGUCAGCUGGAAGCACCAGUGACAACAGAGGCAGAAGUGAAGGAUUCCUCUGUAAAUGGCCUGGUGGACUUGAAAAUCCUUGAUCUUCCCAAGGAGAAAUCAGAAGAGCAUUCUGUGCUCAACUCCAAUGCCAAGCCUGAAGAAAGCACAAAUGAAGUUACUGACAAAAAGGUGUCUGCUCUGAGUUUGGAAGUAUCUGAAGAUGCUCUUAAUGAAAAAUCCAGUGUGGGAGGGGAUGGAAGAGGAGGCGCCCUAGACAGCGCUUCGCAGCCCCUUACUGCGGGUGCGAAAGACGUGGGUUUGGAGACUAAGGAGCGAAAGACUGAGGACAGGCAAAGCAAUACACCCUCACCUCCAAUUAGCACUUUCUCCUCGGGGACGUCCACAACUAGUGAUAUUGAAGUUCUGGACCAUGAAAGUGUAAUAAGUGAGAGCUCGGUAAGUUCAAGACAAGAAGCUGCAGAUGCAAAAUCCAGCCUUCACCUCAUGCAAACGUCGUUUCAGCUCUUAUCUACAUCGGCCUGUGCAGACUAUAAUCGUUUAGAUGACUUUCAAAAAAUGACCGAGAGUGGCUGCUCCUCUGAUGCUUUUGAAAGAAUCGAUUCGUUUAGUGUACAGUCUUUAGAUAGCAGGAGUGUGAGUGAAAUAAAUUCAGAUGACGAGUUAUCAGGCAGGGCUUCAGCUUCUGCUUCAGCUUCUGUUGCUGUCAGUCCUUCUGCGCCAAAGACAGAAGUGGCUGAUGCCCUGAAAAAUGAAUCUGAAAACUUGAAUGACGCUCCUGUUUUACACGCUGAGGAAGCUGAGAUGGAAGAGAGUGGGAGAAGUGCGACCCCUGUUAAUUCUGAGCAGCCAGAUGUUUUGGUUGCUACUGUGCAAACUGUUGAAGAACAGAUUGUGAAGGAGGAGACUGAGCCGCAGCAAGAUGCUGCUGAAAAAUUGUUAGAAGAGGACACUGAAAAGCAAGAGCUUAAAAAGAUGAUUGAUUCAUUAACUGAGAAACUGGAGAAGAGGGAAAUACAGUUAUUAAGUGCUAGUAAAGAAAAGGCACGCCUGGAAGAAGCUUAUGAUAACCUAAAAGAGUAAGUAUGAAAAUAUACACAGUAG